CAACACUACGGAUCCCGACUACCACCGUCAUCGCGAUGCUAGCGGGAAGAAAACGCUGUUGAGGCCACUCCCGGCCUUCCGAUCCCACCAAUCCGACCCACUCUCUGACGUUUACUUCUUUUGUCUCUCCUUCACGCAGCGGCGUGACCUCAUCGACUCCGAACACUCGGAGCCUCUCGCUCUUUCGACGACCUAGGCACAGUCGGUUUCUUCGCGGGCGAGGAACGACUUGUGCGUCCGGCAGCAAAGCCAUCACUUGAAUCACUCUUUUUACGAUACCCCAACGGCACAUCGAUUGUGUCGACGACUUCAACUUCACCAAUUCUUCUUCGACAGUGUCGAUACCACAUCUUGUUGGUCCGGCUAGCCCGUUUUCUUGCGCCUGGUUCGCGCCAUCCACACAAUGGGUUUUCUUAGGCAUGGUAGGCGGGAUGUCGAGGUCCAUCCCGAACAGAGGUGGGAUUUCAUUAGUCUCAACGAUUUCAAGUCCACCUCCUGCUUCGCGCCGUUGGCCUACGGCUACCUCUGGUUCUCCCUAUUUAUCUCGCUCGCCGUCUAUGCUGUUGACGUGUUCACCGCCUACCAACUUCUCGCCUUCAACAGAUGGUCCUCGCAGAUUGAGCCCGCCCAAUUCGUCCCUUUCGACAUCUCGAAAUGGAUCUUCACCGUCUGCAUCCUUCUUUCCUUUGCCAAUCUUGCCUAUGAGUACUUCCGUGCCAUAACAAUCAUGCGCAGAGGGAGCGUGGCCGAAUGCUUCUUGGACAGCUUGGCUGCGCGUCUGGAGUGUAUUCGGAUGGGAAACGGCCGAGGUUGGAAGAGAUUCCUGGUCUUUGCGGAGCUCACCAAGAGUAAAAAGGGCGCCGAGUACAUUGCCCUCUUCACCUUCUUCAGCUUUCAAUCUUGGAUCCGCACUAUUCUUUGUUCCGGGCCUCGCCAGGCCAUCAACGCAAUGACCCUCUACUCUGUCUACGACGCGAGGCUUCAAAUCAACCAGGCCAGCUUCGAAUCCUCUCUCGCCGACUUCUUUGAUAAGAUUAGCGCUCUUGCGACCGAGGAACCCCGUCAGGCCGUCAUCCUGUCCGGUAUGCUCUUCACUCUCGUCAUCUGGAUCUUCUCCUUCCUGUCAUUGCUCCUCGCUGCGUUCUUCUUCGUCUUCUUCUUGUGGAGGUACAUCCCCCGAGAAGAUGGCGGCUUGUCCGGGUUCUGCGAGCGCAAGAUCAACAAGCGCCUCAAGCAAAUCGUCUCCAUCAAGAUCAACAAGGCCAUGGCCGAGGAGGAGCGGCAACGAAAGAAAGCGGAGCUUAAGGCGGCGAAAAAGAACGGCGGUGACAGGCCGAUGACGAUGAAGCCAUCCCUGCCCGUUCUCGGGGACGACAACCUCGCGCAAAUGCCAUCCCUCAGCCGGGCGGACACCUUUGCCUCUUUCGCAGAAAAGCCAUCUCACCCGAGUACCCCUGGGAGCUUCGAGAUGAACUCUCUCGGCCGAAAGCCGCCCAUGCCAUCGAGAUUGGACACCAAAACGAUGACGGCGAGCCAGUAUUCGGCCGAUACUUCACUUCUAGGCGGCGCUGCCGGGAUGGGCAUGGCCAACUCCGAAUCAUCUACCCCGACUUUGCCACCAAUCGACCUCGGAGGCUACCCGCCAGUACGCACCGCAACGUCAUCAUCUAGCAGGAGCUACGGACCUCCUCCGCCACUCAAGGGAUUGGCCUCGAGCGGCUCCUCUUUGCGCGGCUACACAGCUAGCCCCGCGACUUUUGCGUCCGAACCCAUGCCAUCUCUUCCGCCACCCGUUAUGUCACCAGUUGGACCCUUUAACAACUAUAGAGGCCCCGGUCCGAAUCACCCGAACCAGCCGAGGUUACCCUAUACCGGGGAUAACAGACUGCCCCAGCGCGGGGACACCAGGUCACCUUUCCCUGAGGACCAUAGGCUGCCCCAGCGCGGUGACACCAGAUCUCCCCAUCCUGGUGAUACCAGGUCGCCUUUCCCUGGGCAUAACGGACUUCCCCAGCGCGGGGAUACUAGAUCUCCCUAUCCCGGUGACACCGGGCUGCCUUUCCCUGGUGACAACAGGAUACCCCAGCGCGGCGACACUAGGUCGCCCCAUCCUGGUGAUACCGGGUCGCCUUUCCCUGGGGAUAACGGACUGCCCCAGCGCGGCGAUACCAGGUCUCCCUAUCCCGGUGACAACAGGAUACCUCAACGCGGCGACACUAGCUCGCCUUUCCCCGAAGACAACAGAAUGCCCUACCCUGCCGACAACAGGUCGCCCUUCGACGACCUAGCGAGCGGACGUGCUAGCCCCGCCCCAUCGGCAACCACAUACCGCAGCAACCCAAUGUCACCGCGCGGACCGGGGCCGGAUGGCUACCCCAUUCGCAGUGCCACGAACCCAAUGCCGCCACGGGGUGCGCCCCAGUUCCCGCCCUCAAGAGCCAUGACCCAGCCCAUGCAGCCUUUCCACCGGCCAACCAAUAGCAAUGGCUCGCAGAGGAGCAUGCAAAGUGCGGCACCGCUGUACCAGCCGUACCAACCCUACCAUCAACCGAGUGCUAGCAACAGCUCGUUAAGGAAUAUGGUCAACGCGGUGUCGUACGAUGAAUCAGACAUCGUUAGCGAGUACAGCGGGUUUUCAAGUCAGCCGAACCCUGCUCCGUCCAACAACCAGAGGGGACCUCAGGGCGGGUAUGGCGACAACAACAACCGCAACGACGACGACGGGUGGAACCGAGACUUGGAGAGGGGAGGGCCGAGAUAUUGAGUGUUUCAUAAACGGGACCGCACCGGGUAUAAACAAAACAUCUACCUUCCCCUGAGUUGAUGGUAAUCUGCCAUUCCUCAUUCUCGAGUGGCGACGUUGCAUAAAGU